AUGGGUGGAGGAGCACAAUAUCCGUAUCCUAAAGAAGUGUGGUCUCCCUCUGGUGGUUGGUGGACUCGACCGACUAAUUGGAGAUCUAAUACUGCAAUCAUUAUCGCAGGUAGCACGCUCGUGUUUUAUAGCGUCUUCAAGCUCAGCGCCCAUAGAGAACAACGAAUGCAAGCCCCAAAUCGAUGGAUCCCGUCAAUGCUUUGGGCAAGGGAAUUCAAAGAAGGGAUCGUCGGGAUUCGGAAUGAAGAUGAAGAGUGGCCCAAAGGCGCCCCAGUCGAGAAGGGCCAUCAUUAA